AUGUCGCCAAAUCUCCCUUUCCGUGACAUCAACCUCUACGCCUCGCCGCACUGCUAUGCCUUCAGAUCGGCCUCUGCUUCCACCACUCAUAGCUUGGUCAUAGACCGACCGACAGGCGACUUGCGACUUGAGAAGGCGUCUACUCAUCAGGCAAAACGAGUCUCUAGCAUUGCUGGAAUAUUGGGUAUUAUCAAACUGAAGCUUGAUAAAUAUGUCAUUGUCAUUACAAAAGAACAACCAAUGGGGAGGCUGAGGGGUCAUAUGGUAUAUAAGGUCGUUGCGACUGAAUUCUUACCUCUCCGUGAGACGCCUCUCCACGACCCAGACGAAGAUGCCUACCUCGCACUCCUAAAGAAACUAUUAGCCACGGGGCCGAUGUAUUACUCCUACUCGCUCGAUAUCACGAACAGUUUCCAGCGCCAGUCCCAGAGUGACCUUUCACUGCCUCUUUGGAAACGAGCGGACGACCGAUUUUUUUGGAACCGUUUCAUACAGACAGACCUGAUAGAUUUUAGCACCGGGCUAUCUGAAAACACAGGGAUCAGGAGUGGACAGUCGUCGGAUGUCGACCCAUAUAUAUUGCCAGUCAUGUUUGGCAUGCUGCGCAUAACUACAGCCAAAAUCAAAUCUACCCCAUUUACCUUUGCUCUUAUAACUCGCCGUUCGAGGUUCAGAGCAGGCACCCGAUAUUUUUCCCGUGGAAUUGAUGAACAUGGAAAUGUCUCGAAUUAUAACGAGACAGAACAGAUCGCUAUCUUGAAUGAUUCGAAUGGAGCAGUCUCCGGGUUCGCAGGAGGGGUGGGUAUGGGAGACAGCAAAAUUGGGGAGAAGAGCCACAAAGAGCUGCAGGUCCUGUCAUUUGUUCAGACCCGAGGAAGUAUUCCAGUCUACUGGGCUGAAGUGAACAACUUGCAUUACACUCCAAAACUUGCCGUGCGUGGUGUGGACGCUGCAUCUUCAGCAGCUCGAAAACACUUCUCGGACCAGAUCGAGACCUACGGAGAGAACUUCCUCGUCAAUCUGGUCAAUCAAAAGGGUCGCGAAGAGCAGAUGAAAAGAGCGUAUGAGCAGAUGGUGAGAUUACUCUUAUCUUCACCAACCGAAGCAAAGGAAUCCGACAUACUCUCUCCUGAAAAGAUGCACACCCUAGAAUCUUCGAGUAAAGAGCAACUGAUGGACCGACUCCAUUACAUAUACUUCGAUUUCCACAAUGAAACCAAGGGUCUGCAGUGGCACAGAGCAGAACUUCUUUUGAACCAACUCAACGAGGGCCUCCAGCGCGGCCAGUACUUCAGUGGCAUUGAGUCGUUAGGUAACCCAUCAGGUACUCUGGAAGCAAGAAGACUGCAAUCCUCAGUCGUUCGAACAAAUUGUAUGGAUUGUCUGGACCGAACGAACGUUGUUCAGAGCAUGCUUGGCCGAUAUACCUUGACCCGCCAAUUUAUCGAUUGCGGCAUCCUGAUGCCAGGAGAGAAGACUGACGAUGAUUUGGUCUUCCGAGACCUCUUCCGAAAUAUGUGGGCUGAUAACGCAGAUGUUGUCUCAAAGUCGUACUCUGGGACUGGCGCUCUGAAGACCGACUUCACUCGGACCGGCGAACGAACGAAGGCCGGUGCUCUUCAGGAUGGCAACAACUCCAUCACCAGGUAUAUCUUGAAUAAUUUUAUGGACGGACCGAGACAAGACGCCUUUGAUCUCUUCCAUGGCACCUACCUCCCGUCGACCACUGCAUCAUAUGUAUUUGCCGACCGAAGACCCCUCGUUAUCCAAUCCAUCCCAUACAUUUUAGGAGCAGCAAUAUUUAUGAUACUGGUAGCUACAUUCACUCGCCAGCUGCCAGACUCUACCGGAUGGCCGUUGAGAAUCUUCCUUAUCUUUUGGAUAGUAGUUGCUGCCUGGUGUCUAAAUUUUAUACAUUCUCACGGCAUGUUAUAUGUCAACUGGCCAAAGCUCAACACCCCUACUACAGGAGCGGAAGGAUAUGCAGAAGCCCUUCGCCGGGCGAGCAAGGAUAAGCUCAUUGGUGACUUUAUACCGACUACGGGACGCCAGCGAGGAGUGAGCAACGCACGACUCGGCUUUAUGGAAGAAGGCAAAAAGAGGAUAGAGUAG